AAAAAACUUCCAGCGAGUUUCGCCAGUGUUUGAACAUAUCUGAAGAGAAUGGAGCUGAAAGGAAUAGAGAACAAAAGUCAAAAAAGGGGUGAAGACAACAAAGCCUUUGAGUUAGAGGAGCAGGAUCCGAUGCACAUUGAAGAUGUAGACGAUGAACACAUAAAGACAGAACAACAGAAGAAAAGCUUGCUAGAGAAGAAAAUAGAGGCAUUCCAGGGCUACUUGGCAAAGCACAGAGACCAAAUCCGACUGAUUAUACACCUGGUUUUAGCUGCAGGCUCCGUUGCCAUAGUGAUAGCGGCAUGUGUCCUGAACUUCCACCGGGCUGUCGUGCUGCUGGUCAUCUCCUUGGUAACCGUAUUCUUCCUGGUCUGGGAUUGGAUGGUGAGACGCUAUGGCGACCGGGUGUGGGAGGAGCUCCAUCCUAUCAGAGACCUUCUCAGCAAAAACUGGUUUAGGAUGAGAUGGAUAAUAUACGCAUUACUGCUGUUGGCCAUGGUGUGUUGGUUAGCACUGGACACAGCCCAGCGAGGGACCAGACAGCUUGUGUCUUUCUUUGGUUUGCUGCUCUUAAUCUUCUUAAUGCUGCUCUUCUCCAAACACCCAUUUAGGUGGUCUUGGCAAACUUUGCUAUGGGGGGUCGGGCUACAGUUCAUCUUUGGUCUGCUGAUCCUCAGGACCACUUUUGGUUUAAGUGCACUGCAGUGGCUUGGAAAACAAGCAGAGAAAUUCAUGUCAUUCACAGAUGUUGGGUCUAGGUUUGUGUUUGGUGCCAGUUACACAGACCACUUCUUUAUCUUCAAGGUGAUGCCUAUAGUGGUUUUUUUAAGCUCUGUCAUCUCAAUCCUCUACUACAUUGGCUUCAUGUCCUGGCUCAUUUGCAAGAUUGGAUUCAUAAUGCAGGUUUCCAUGAGAACAUCUCCAACAGAAUCGAUGGCUGCAGCUGGUAAUAUAUUCUUGGGACAGACAGAAUCACCUCUCUUGAUUCGUCCAUACCUUAGUGGGCUAACUCGCUCUGAGAUCCAUGCUGUGAUGACAGGAGGUUUUGCCAGCAUCUCUGGGACCAUUUUAGGAGCCUUUAUUGCCUUUGGGGUUGAGGCAACACACUUGUUGACGGCAUCAGUAAUGUCUGCUCCAGCCUCCCUGGCCAUUGCCAAGACUUUCUGGCCUGAAACGGAGACCUCCAGUGUAACAGCCAGUCAUGACCUCAAAAUGGACAGAGGAAAGAGUACGAACGUGUUGGAAGCAGCAUCCCAAGGUGCAUCUUGCGCCAUUGGUUUAGUGGCCAACAUUGUUGUCAACCUCAUCGCUUUCCUGGCACUGUUGGCCUUUCUUGAUUCUGCUGUCUCUUGGCUGGGUGGGAUGCUGGACUGUCCGCAGCUCAACUUCACGCUUAUCUGCUCUUACAUGUUCAUGCCUCUCUCCUUCAUGAUGGGUGUUUCCUGGGAGGACAGUUUCAUUGUUGCUGAGCUGAUUGCCAUAAAGACAUUUCUCAAUGAGUUUGUGGCCUAUCAGAUGUUGUCGGAGUUAAUUAAGAAGCGGAAAGCAGGAGGGCCAGAAUAUGUGGAUAUAAAACAGUAUAUUUCUGUCCACUCUGAAACUAUUGCAACCUACGCUUUGUGUGGAUUUUCCAACAUUGCUUCCCUGGGGAUGUCGGUUGGAGCGUUAUCAGCCAUGGCUCCAGAUAGACAGACUGACAUCUCCAGUUGUGGCCCCAGAGCUUUGAUUGCAGGCAGCGUCUCCUGUUUCAUGACAGCUUGUAUCGCAGGUAUGUUGUACAUCCCUGAUCUUCAGUGCCCACAUUUCCUGAGCACCCAGUUCAGCAACACCAAUGUGACCAGCAGCUCAGAACUGGUCACCUGCUGCAUACAACUAUACAACAGCGUGACAGUGUAUGAGCCAUGGAACCUGACGAUGGGAGAAGGAUUCAGUCAGAGCAGUCUGCAGCACUGCUGCUCACUCACACCCCCUACACACUUCAACUGCAGCUUGUUGCUUUGAAUCACUGUGAACAUUUGUAAUGUGUACUGCUGUUAUGCGGCAUUUUCAAUAAGGCUGUGUGUGUGUGUGUGUGUGCGUGUGCACCAAUCAUUCUUUGCAUUAUUCAUUUUUUUAGUUGAAUGCUCUGAUAAGGUAGCAGAUUUACAAAAUUUUAAGUUUGUAGCUGCAUCUAUGGUGCAAGUUAACAUUUCCCUGACAGAAGUGAAACUUAAAGAGGGAUUUUCAAAUGUUUAAACAUUCAGAAUUUUACUUUUGAAUUUGUGAAGACAUUUGCUUCAGUUGAUGCCUAUA